AUGAAAGGAAAUAAAUACACAAGAAUGGUAAUCAAUUCCAUUGGACGCGAGGUCGUGCAUGCCAAAGUCGGAAAAGACCUACAGGAUUUCGGUGUACACAAAAGCCUUAUCUGCCACUGCUCCCCAUUUUUCAAAGCUGCAUUUACUUCCGGCUUUGAAGAAACUACCACUGGCAUCAUCAAACUUGCCGAUGUCGAUGUUGAAGUUUUCGAGUUAUUUUUCCAAUGGCUAUACACGCAACAAAUCGGCGAACCUGAAGAAGACGCAAUUGAGCCCGCGCUCUUAGAUAAUAAGUCGAAAGCUUACCAUGACUAUAAAAUUCUUUUUGGUACCUUUUUACGACUUUAUGUCUUUGCGGAUAUGAUUAAGGUACCGACUCUUAAGAAUGAAUGCAUCGAGAAGCUCUCUCUUAUGGGCGAUGAGGCAAAGGAAUUCCUAACCGAGUCGGAGAAUGUCCAGUAUGUUUGGGAGAAUACGAGAGAGGGGGAUUUGAUCCGCAAGCUUUUUAUCGAUGCGAUAAUUUGGGACUGGGGGGUAACAUCAUUCCAAAAAACACUUGAUCAACUUUCUGAGGAAGUAAGACUUGCCAUUCUUCUCGCCAUGAAAGGCGUUAUUGACAAUGCUCGCGCGGAGAUAAUGGAGAUGGAAAGAACCAAAAGAAAAGUAAGGACUCUUGCAUCUUUCGUUAGUCCUUUGACGUAUCCAACCAACUACUAUGAGAAAGUCGAGGCAGAGAAUAACAAAAAAGGAGAAGUUUCAUCUGGAACGAGGGCGGAGGCCUCUGAGGAAUUGUAUGAGGUUGAGGAAAUUUUGGAUUCUAAAUGGGUCAACGGCUUGGUUAGUUACAAGGCUAAAUGGGUUGGACAUAAGCAAGAUGAUCAUCAAUAUUAUUCGGCGGAUAAUUUUGAAGGUGCUCAGGAACUUGUGGAGAAAUUUCAUAAAAAUAACCCACACAAGCCUCAUCCUGGGGUGAAAUACUACUAG